GGCGGGACCGAGACCCACGGAACGCGCGUGAAGGGGCUGAAGACCCGGCGGAAACUCGGAGAAUCGCGCGUGAGAACCGCUCCCCCAAUCCCCACCCCAACUGCCGAGGGGCGCCAGAGCUGUGGGAGCCUUCGGAGCGCCAGGGUCCCGCGCGCCGGAGGCCCGGAGGAGAGACCCGGCUGUCGCCGCAUCCUGCGCCGGGAUGUCCCAGCCAACUCUUGGCGCUCGCUGGCCCGCGCGCCCUGAGGUCUAUGCGGCCCCGCCGCAGAUUGAUCCCGCAAUUAUUUAAAAGCCGGGGCUGUCUCCUCCCCCUUCGCCAAGGAGGCUGGCGCGCCGUUUCCGGACGAGUGGAGGCGCAGCGACAAGCCGCUGACCACGAUAGCAGCUAGCGGACCGCGCUCCGCUUUGGGCUGCGCGUCUGUCCGUCUGGCCCAGCGGCUCAGUCCUUGUGUCCCGCGCGGGGCCCGCCUCCUCGGCCCGGGACCGUUCGCAGCCAAUUAGGCGCGCGCGCUAACGAGGGCGGCGGAGCCCCGCGGCCGCCUGCAGGCGCACGUGUGUUUGGCGUGUGGGCGCGUGGGCGCCUCCGGCGGGGCUGCCAUAAAUGAGCCGGCCGGGCGCGGCGGGCGCCUAAGGCGGCGGCAAAGGCAACGCCAGGCAGCACCGGCCGAGCGCGGGGCGCGGCGCCGAGAGCUGGCGGAGCAGCGGCCACCUGCGUCGGGUCGUUUGGCGGUGCCGGGGCCGCCAAGGAUGGGAGCCCAGUAGGCGGCAGGGCCCGAGCGGCCGGAGCGGCGGGAGGCCGGCAUGAGUGUUAGCGGUCCCGCGGCUGCUGGCGACGGUCCUGCGCUGCCGCCGCCUCCUGGUCCCGGUUCAGGGCCCGCACCGCCCGCUCCCACCGCCGCUGCCCGGGACGCUAUGGACGGGCGCGCGGAGCUGCCGGCCUUUCCCCGUGCUGGAGCCCCGCCGCUCGCGGCCAGCGACACUGUGCCUGUGGCGCCCGAGGGGGCUGGAGCGGCCCGGCCCGCCGCGCCCCCACGCCCCACCUCCUUCUCGGUACUGGACAUCCUGGACCCCAACAAGUUCAACAGCAGGAGGCGUCGCUGCAUGCUGCUGGGCCCAGUGGCGCCCGCUACGUGCGCCCCGUGCACUUCGUCCCCGUGCGCCCCUGCACCCGCAGCCUCCGGACGCCCGCCACGAGCAGAGGAGCUGGAGCGCCGCGCCCUCGCCAGCGCCGGGGGAGUCGCGGGAGCUGAGCCGCCGAACGCCGGCGACCCCUACAAGACUGGGGAGGCGGAGACCAACGACGCCAACGGCUACAGCAGCGGCGGCGGCGGCGGCCGGAGCCCGAGCGCGGACAGCGGGGACGAGGCUCCCGACGACGAGGACGACGACGAGGACGAGGCACCCGAGACAGAGGCGGCGCGAGGCGCGGAGGAGGCGCGGGGAGGAGGCGGCGGCGGCCUCGGGGCCCGCGGGUCGGGCUGCCCGGGCGCCGCUGAGGCCGACGCGUCCCCCGGCGCUGUCGACGCCGCGGCCCACGGACCCCGCGGGAACUCUCCCGGAGCCCCGGGCCCGCCCGGAGUUUCCGCGGCGCCGGGGGCUGCGGGGACCACCCCUCAGGGCGCGGCGACCACGACGAAACCCAAGCGGAAGCGCACGGGGUCCGACUCCAAGUCGGGGAAGCCGCGGCGAGCGCGCACCGCCUUCACCUACGAGCAGCUCGUGGCGCUGGAGAACAAGUUCAAGGCCACGCGCUACCUGUCUGUGUGCGAGCGCCUCAACCUGGCGCUGUCGCUCAGCCUCACCGAGACGCAGGUGAAAAUCUGGUUCCAGAACCGCCGAACCAAGUGGAAGAAGCAGAACCCGGGCGCCGACACCAGCGCGCCGACCGGAGGCGGCGGGGGAGCGGGGCCGGGGGCUGGGCCCGGCGCGGGGCUGCCCGGCGGCCUCAGCCCGCUCAGCCCCUCUCCGCCCAUGGGCGCCCCGCUCGGCAUGCACGGCCCAGCCGGGUACCCCGCGCACGGCCCCGGCGGCCUGGUGUGCGCCGCGCAGCUGCCGUUCUUGUCCAGCCCGGCCGUGCUCUCGCCCUUCGUGCUGGGCUCGCAGACCUACGGGGCGCCCGCCUUCUACGCGCCGCACCUCUGAGCCCCGGCGCGCUCGCGUCCUCUAGGCCGCCCGCAGGGCCCGGCAGUUUUCUACGAUUCCAGUCGUUGACUCUGUAUAUAACCCAUUGCUACCGAAGAGUUUUAAAUUUAUAAAUGACCAUGCGGGUUGGGGCCGUGUAGGGGCUCCCGCAGGCUCGGCCCGCUGCGAAGCACUUUGCGGAACUUCAACUCAAUCAAUAAACCGCAGGCGGCCGCGCUUGGGUCUCCCAGGCUCCCGCGCGGCCCUCCGCCCGACCGGGGCUACCCCUGAGUCCUCUCCGGUGGGGACCAAGGCACCUCGGGAGUUACGUCUCGCGCCGGACUCCAGCCUGUUUUCCCACCGGCCUGGUGUCCCGCGGCGGGAAUCCGGGCCUCUCCACUGCUGCCUGCCCGUGGUCGUGGGCUUGGAGCUGGGCGCAGGGGCUCACCCGCCACGCAGGCUGAGGCUCAGGUCCCUGCGUCCCCCUCCCUGAACCCCCAGAGCGAAGAUCACAGGUCCGGGACAGUGACCAGCUUCCCACGCUGGCAGCCCUGCUCCGGUCUCACAGCUCCGAAGAGCGCCGGGCUGGGCGUUUCAGCUUGGGGGCAGUGUCAGCUUCCUGGAGGAAGGAGCUCCACCUGCUUCCCCCCGGGGAGGAGACGGGGCUGGCCCGGCGCAGCUACCCGCCCAAGAGCGUCCCAGCUGCAUUCAGAGACCCAAGGCCACCUCUUCUCCAACGACUCUGGAAACGGUCCCCACCUCCCUGAGCAGGCUGUAGGAGCCCUGGGGGUUGGGUGUUCGUCUUGAGCUGGGCUCCGGGAGGCGAGAGGUAGAGAGGCGCCUCGCUUGGGCGGCAUCCUGGAUGCAAAAGCUGAUGCUUCCAAGCCGGGAAGGGCGGCUUGGGGAGAGUUCAGAGCCCCAGAAGGGGUUGGGAGGUGGCGUGAGACAGCGGCCACGGCCAGGCAGGUGCCAACCCUCUUCUGCCACUGGCCGGUGUCCUGGGCCCUCCUUUACAGAGGGAGCCUGGCUGUGGGUGCCAGCUGUGCCCUGGCUGGGCCCACGUCUCCUGGUGUCCCCUCCAUUUUCUAUGAGCAGGCUGAGCUCAUCUUUGGGCUGUCAACUUGGCACUAACCUCUGGGGGCAGCGACUACCCAGUGCCGCAGGCAGGAUGGGAGACAGUGCUGCUCACUGGCCUGGCCAUUAUCUGUGGGCAGAGGGCAGGCCCAGAGAAGCAUGCGCCAUCGGGCAUGUUGGUGGGGGGUGGAUGGGACCAACUGUGCAUCUGCUGCCCCACACCCUGGGUCCCAGGCAGGCCUGCACUCCACCAGCCUAGGGCUGGCCUGAGUUCCAGUUGCCCCCGGCUCCCUUUCUUUGUGGACCUGCGUGCAGCAAGCGUCCUAAGGUUCAUUGGCCCGGGGUGAGGCAGCCUCUCCCUCCUCCCUCCGCUGGCAGAGCUCAGGGCUGCACAGGCUUGCUGGGUGGGGGUCUUGUGAGGGAAGGAGAGUUCCACCUGUAGGUGGCUGAGUGUAGCCAGAGGGUCGACUCACAGCUGAAGCAGGUGCAGUGGGCUUGGCCUGAGCUGGGCACUGAGGCUGCGGAGCAGGAAAGCAGCCUCCACUCCUGGGUGUGGCGCAACGGGGACAGACCCUGGUCUGUGCUGCAAUGGCCCCAGCUUCCCCUUUGCUGAGCCUGCUGAGCCCAGCCAGGGCCUUCGGGAACAUUCCAGGAACUCACAGCCCCACAGGGAGGUAACAGGUGGCUGCGAUCGUGCAGACCAGGUUCAGACCUACUUUGAGCCGGGCCAGUCCGCUGGGUGCUGCCCUCCCCAUGGAGCUUAGAUCCUGGCUCCCUGUCCCUCCUGCCUCCACACGCCCCGCUGCCCUGGCCUCCUCUCUCUCCUCCUCUCAAGGCUCAGCCAGAAACAUAGAACCACACUGCAGGGCCCUGUAGCAGUGCCCCUGGGCUGCCGGGUGGGAUGGAGGGUGUCGUCUGGGGGCUGUGAGGCCUGGGAAGCAAUGUCCCCCACCCCUGCCAUACACCAGCGUCGCCCACCCCUUCUCUAAGCUCCCUGGACAGCCCAGAGCCUCAUGCCACAGGUGCGGGGGACAUUUCCUUAGGUCCCUCCAGUCUGGUUCACAGCUGCUGUGGGCUGGCCCUCGUGUCUGAAGCCACCUGAGCUGCCCAAUGCACUUUGCUGUGUAUGUCACGUGUAGGAAACUGAGGCCCUUGCUGCGGCAGUGCCAGCUCUGGUGUCAGCAGGAGCCCUGCUCCCUCCUGGAGGAGUCCCCACUUUUUAGCCCACACUCCUACUGGGUCCCCAGGCCCCCAAUCUCCCUGGGGAGAUUAGGGUGCUGUUCCCCUGGCUGCCUCCCAGGGAGCCCUCAAGCUGCCCCACCACCCCCACGCCCACCAGGUUCGGGGCUCCCCUGACCACCAUUUCCAGUCUAGGCCGCCUGUGCCUGACUCAGCCUCAGCUCCCUGGGCCUGUGCUGCAGGCAGAGGUGAGCGGGAGCCUUGUCAGAGGUCUCAACAUGUCCCCUACUUUGGUGUCAGGGCUGUGAGGGAAGGUCUGGACCCCAGGAUCUGAGGACGCUUUUCCACAGCGCCUCCUCCUAGGGCUCGGAACCCAUCCUGCUCUGGACCUCACCUGCUCCGAGUUCCCAGAACCACAUGCAUGUUGCUGCAAAGCCAGGCACAGAAGGGGCCUCUGGUCAAGCGAGGCAUGACCCCAGACAAGGGCGGUGUCCGCUUUCACGCCCUGGGCUCCCCUCUCCUGCCCAGGGACCACUGAACCCGGACGGUGCCAGCUCCCCACCCCCACCAGCCCAUGGUGCUGCGGUCUGUGGCUGUGUGGUCAGGACUGGGUUUGGCUAAAUGUAAGAGAAAACCUGAAUGAACGGAAGUUGAAAGGAGACUGUUUAUUUUCUCUUUGUGACGGAAUUCUGGCUGGUGGCAGCCCUGGGCAGUUUUGAGACCUUCACUGGGCCUGAAGACCCAGCUCCCGGCUCUCUGUGCUGCACCAGGCCUGGGCAGGCCUCAG